GCUUGCGCCGUGAAUCCGUCGAUUCCCUUUCACCAGUCAUCACACAGACAACCGCAUGCGACCCGCCCUUUCACCAAUCACGUUCAGACGCAAGACUCUUCAGAGCAAAUUCCACCUACACCGCACACCGUCGAUUGCAGCCUCGACCGCAUUCUUUUCACACUCUUCGCUUUUGUUCAACUCCACCAAGUAUCAUGUGCACCGAGAUUUACGCCCGCUUCUUUGCCUGCCCGCACAGUCACCUCCUCAAAUGGACGUACUGUAGCCUGAUUGCAUCAAACACGCCAGCCGCAGCAAGAGCAUGUCAGAAGUACAGGAGAAAGGUCAGAGGUUGUGUAAGCGGCAGAGCAAGAGAGUGUGCCGAAUGUACUAUGGAUCGUAAGAUUGCAGAGGACUUUGGCGAUGCCGUGCUUGCCAGCGUUAGGCAGUGCGUAGGACAAAAACCAGAUACUAAGAGACGGCGGUUUUGGCAGCGUGUCGAUCGCAAGGGAGGAGAGGAGGUGCCGUUUUUUUCGCCUAUGCCAGUAGACAUAGAGGUGUGGUCGGCGGUGCAGAUCGCACCUGCUAUUCUGCCGAACGAAAGGGAGGUUAUCUCUCAAUGGAAACGAACGCACAAAAGGGCCAGGAGUCGGCAUGACAGUGCGUCUUUGCACAGUCGCGAGCAUCCCCGAAGCGAUAUCACGCCCGAAGAACAGCGACGAGGAACGUGGACCUGGCUCAGAUCCUCGUUUGGAAGGCGCGGGUAGCAGCCUAAGAUGUCGAGCGUCAACUAAAAAUAGGAAACGUUCG